AUGCGCCCCGGCAUUGGGAUUCGAACCCGGAAUUCCUUAGAUUGUUGCGGUGUGAGACCCUUGGCCCGGGAGGCCAGGAUAGUGAACGGUGAGCGGUCAGACUUCGCAGAGUGGCCGUGGCAGGCGCUGGUGAAGGAGUCGACGUGGUUGGGCAUCUUCACCAAGAACAAGUGUGGCGGUGUCCUGCUAAACAAGAGAUACGUGCUUACAGCUGCCCACUGUCAGCCAGGGUUCCUGGCGUCGUUGAUCGUGGUGCUGGGGGAAUACGACCUCUCGGACGACUACGAGCCCAAGCAGGUCGUCCAGCGGAACGUCAAGCGAGUCAUCGUCCACAGAGGCUACGUGGCCAAGACCUUCGACAACGACCUGGCGCUCUUGGAGAUGGAACGACCCGUCACCUUCGAGGAGCACAUCGUGCCCAUUUGCAUGCCCCAAGGAAACGAGGACUUCGUGGGGAAGAUGGGUUACGUCACAGGAUGGGGGCGCCUCUCCUACGGAGGACCGGUGCCGACGCAGUUGAACGAGGUGGAACUGCCAAUCAUCACUAACAGCGAGUGCCAACACUGGUUCACCGAGGCGGGCCACAUUAAGAACAUCAAGCCUGAGUUUUUCUGUGCGGGCUACAAGUUGGGCAAGAAGGACUCAUGUGAGGGCGACAGCGGAGGGCCCCUAUCCAUUCGAGGAGACGAUGGCCGAUGGAUACUCGCAGGAACAGUAUCUCAUGGGAUAAAAUGCGCCUAUCCUAACUUGCCGGGAGUCUACAUGCGUAUGACCUACUAUAAGCCUUGGAUUGAGAGUAUUAUCAAUUGAUCUCGGUUUAACUAUAGGGCUAUAGAUUGUUACGGUAGAUUAUCAAAUUAUAUUACUCCCGAUUUGGAGAAAAGAUAGUCAGAAAAGAUACAGAGAGGGUAGCCUCUCAAAGAAAUAUUGCGGCCGUGUUCGUAAACAUUACAAAAUUUAGUUGAAAGGAAUAUUAAUGUAUAUUGGCUCAGAUAUAUAUAUGUGUGUGUGUGUGUGUGUGUGUGAAAAUGUUAUAUCUUUUCAAAGAUAUGUGGAUAUAGAGCAGAUACAAUGGUAAAGAUACAUAUGAAGGAUUCUAGCGGUUCUCCAUAUGUGUACCUUUUCCAGUUUCAUAUUCGUAUGGAGGACUAAAAAUCAGUUCCAGUAUUUACAAAGAUAAAAGCCAUAGUUGAGUAUUGCUUUUGCAACUUAGUAACUAUAACAGAUUGGUGUUAUUUAAAAAAUAAAUAAGACUAGAUAAAAGGAUAAAUGAGACACAAUGAAACAAAAGCAAUUUUGAUUUGUAACAAAGAAUAGAUUAACGAAAUAAUACAAUACAUUAAAGAUAUUAGAGUUAAAACUUUGUAUGACCAGAUUUUUGUAUUAGAGUAAGUAAUCAAUAUGUCACUGUAUAUAUAUGUUUAUAAUCACCAUUUCAUCCUAGUAUUAUAGAAUUAUAGAAUUGUGUAGACAGAUCAAUAGACACUUCAAAUACAAAUAUUGUACACUCAUGUUCAUUAUAAUGUUGUAAAUAUCAUGGUGCACUUUUCACAUUGACAGUUUUUAAUAUACAUUAGUAAAAUGUUAUAGAUUAUAUCAAUAGUAUUACUCCCACAGGUUCUUUUGUAAUGGGGAACUGUUACAUAUUUUUGUUUUGUUUUUUUGUUUAUAAAGUGUAUCGAAUCAAAAUGUAUGAGUGUAAUUUACACCAGAGAUGUCACUCUGUACCCGCGGGUAGUAUAGAUGUGUCUCUAAAAGUGUAUAGCACUAUAACUAUACUUUCUGUUGUUAUAAACAGGAAGUGAAGAACUAUUUUGUUGUGCUUGCGAUAGGCGGCUGUAAUAACUUUGCUGAUCUUGAUAUCAAUUUGAUUUAUGUUGAUCUCUCUCUCUCUCUCUCUGUCUCUCUC